AUGUAUCCGAGUGCUGGAAUGAACGCAGCGGCCGCAGCAGCUGUGGCGGCGGCCCGUCAUCCGGGGCCUCCACAACCGGGCCAGCCGUUCAAAUUCACCGUUGGGGAGUCGUGCGAUAGGAUUAAGGAAGAAUUUAGUUUUCUACAGGCCCAAUAUCACAAUUUAAAGUUGGAAUGCGAAAAAUUGGCGAGCGAAAAAAUAGAAAUCCAAAGACAUUAUGUAAUGUAUUACGAAAUGUCUUACGGCCUCAACGUCGAAAUGCAUAAACAGACUGAAAUCGCCAAGAGACUGAACGCCAUCAUAGCGCAGAUUUUACCAUUCCUGUCGCAGGAACACCAACAACAAGUCGCGACAGCAGUGGAACGGGCCAAGCAAGUUACCAUGACAGAACUCAAUCAAAUAAUUGGGCAACAGCGACCGGACCUGCCCAGGCUGUUGCAGCAAAUGCACGCCCAGCAACUACCCACGCACGCCGCGCCGCCCAUACCCAUGAUGCCGCAUCCAGGUUUAGGCGGCGCCCCGCCGAGCUCGGCGGCCAGUUUGCUGGGGCUUUCUGGAGCGCUGCCUGCCCAGCACCCGCUCUCCAUGUUGGCCUCCAAGCCGGACCUGCACAGGCCCGACGAUGUCAAAUCCAACAGCGGUAUCAACUCCGCCGAGGAGAGACACGUAAGUCACAAAUCUUCAUCGAGUUCACAUCGAAGAAAUUCGAUAUCGCCGGCGGAAAAAUACAGACCGAGGACACCGCAAGAGCCUGAAUUAAAGAAACCGAAAAAAGAAGAAAAAGACCUCGGCCACCACAGCGACGGCGAGAAGAGCGACCAAGACCUGGUGGUGGACGACGCCUCGGAGGAUCCGGUAUCGCCUCCCAACGGCACCACGUCCCCCAGGGAGAACGGCAUCGACAAACUGCCUAAGAAGGAGCACCCCGGUCCGCACAGCCCCAGGUCCGGCACGUCCAGCAACGCCUCCACGCCGUCGACGAAGAAGCUCGAGGAGAAGCCGACGACGCCCAUCUCGAAGUCGGUGACGCCGACGUCGGCGGCCGGAUCGUCGUCGGGCAGCGCCUCCGGCGGCUUGAAGCCCAUCAAGCAGCAAGGAUUGGGCCAGUACCCGCCUUACAUGGCCAUGUCGAACGGUGGCGCCCCGCACGACUUACAAGCGGCGGGGAACUACGCGGGUCUGCACAAUAACAUCCCGCCGGCGUUGGGCAAUUAUCCCAGACCGCCGUUGCAAGUGGGUUACGAUCCGCAUUCCCAGAUGAGGGCUCCUAUAGUACCAACCCUAGCCGCUAUUCCCGGCGGUAAACCGGCGUAUUCCUUUCACGUGAGCGCCGACGGUCAAAUGCAACCGGUACCGUUCCCGCACGACGCCCUAGUGGGUCCCGGGAUCCCCCGGCACGCCCGGCAAAUCAACACGCUGAGCCACGGCGAGGUCGUUUGCGCCGUGACGAUUUCCAACCCCACCAAGUACGUGUAUACGGGCGGCAAGGGGUGCGUCAAGGUGUGGGACAUCAGCCAGCCGGGGUCGAAGAGCCCCGUAUCGCAGCUGGACUGCCUGACUCGCUUUCAGCAACGAGACAACUACAUUAGAUCUGUGAAGCUCCUGCCCGACGGGCGGACGUUGAUCGUGGGCGGCGAGGCGAGCAAUUUGUCGAUAUGGGAUUUGGCCAGUCCGACGCCUCGCAUCAAGGCCGAGUUGACUUCUAGCGCUCCGGCUUGUUACGCUUUGGCUAUUAGCCCCGAUUCGAAAGUGUGCUUCAGUUGUUGUUCAGACGGUAAUAUAGCCGUGUGGGAUUUACACAAUCAAACACUCGUCAGGCAAUUCCAAGGCCACACCGACGGCGCUUCUUGUAUAGAUAUCUCCUCGGAAGGCACGAAAUUGUGGACGGGCGGUUUGGAUAACACGGUGAGGAGUUGGGAUCUCCGGGAAGGCAGACAAUUACAACAGCACGACUUCAGUUCGCAAAUCUUCUCGUUGGGGUACUGUCCGAUGGGCGAAUGGCUGGCCGUAGGUAUGGAGAACUCCAACGUGGAGGUGCUCCACGCCAAUAAGCCCGACAAGUACCAGUUGCACCUGCACGAGAGCUGCGUGCUGAGCUUGAGAUUCGCAGCGUGCGGUAAAUGGUUCGUGUCCACCGGUAAGGACAACCUGCUGAACGCCUGGAGGACGCCGUACGGCGCUAGCAUAUUCCAGUCCAAAGAAUCUUCGAGCGUGCUGAGUUGCGACAUUUCGGCGGACGAUAAGUACAUCGUGACCGGGUCCGGUGACAAGAAGGCGACGGUGUACGAGGUUAUAUAUUAG